AUAACCAGCAGCAGCAGCAGCAGCAAACUGCUGGCUGUCCUCCUGCGACUGCUGCCACCGACAGGCCAGCCAGGAUGGGAGCAAAGGAUUUCUUCUCUAGGUUGUCCCAGAAGGGCUCCUUCCUCCCUUUCAGCAGGAAAUACCAGCCGCUGGGCAGCAAAGAUCCUGAAGAAGAGACUGAAGAAGAUGCUGAGCUGAAGGUACUUGAGCAGGAGAAGGAAGUAACAACCCUUCUACCCAAAGAAGCCUGCAAAUAUCAUGUAGAUGACCUGGCAAAAAUGUUUCAGGUUGACUUGCAAAAGGGGCUUUCCGAAUUUUCGGUGCUGCAGCGAAGGGUCAAGCACGGCUGGAACGAAUUUGUAGCAGAUAAUGUAGAACCGGUAUGGAAGAAAUAUCUAGACCAGUUCAAGAACCCCCUUAUCCUUUUGCUACUGGCUUCUGCUUUAGUCAGUGUAAUUACUAAAGAGUAUGAAGACGCCGUGAGUAUCGCAAUGGCAGUCAUCAUUGUGGUAACCGUGGCCUUCAUCCAGGAACACCGUUCUGAAAAAUCCUUGGAAGAGCUUAACAAGUUGGUCCCCCCAGAGUGUAACUGCCUGAGAGAGGGGAAAUUGCAACACUUUCUUGCACGGGAACUUGUACCCGGAGACGUUGUGUGCCUUUCCAUCGGAGACAGGGUUCCUGCAGAUAUCAGGCUCACAGAGGUAACAGACCUCUUCGUGGAUGAGUCCAGUUUCACGGGAGAAGCCGAACCGUGCAGCAAGAACAACAGCCUCUUAGCAGAAGCCGGAGACAUGACCACCCUCAGUAAUGUCGCCUUCAUGGGAACCCUGGUGAGAUACGGCAAGGGCCAGGGCAUCGUCAUUGGAACAGGUGAAAACUCACAGUUUGGAGAGGUGUUCAAAAUGAUGCAAGAGGAAGAGACUCCCAAGACUCCUCUGCAGAAGAACAUGGAUAAACUGGGGAAGCAGCUAACUCUGGUUUCCUUUUGCAUCAUUGGUUUGAUCAUGCUGAUUGGCUGGCUGCAAGGAAAACGUCUUCUGGACAUGUUCACCAUCGGAGUGAGCUUGGCGGUGGCUGCAAUCCCAGAGGGCCUCCCCAUUGUGGUCACGGUGACGCUAGUGUUGGGCGUCUUGAGAAUGGCCAAGAAACGGGUCAUUGUGAAGAAACUCCCCAUCGUCGAAACUCUAGGGUGCUGUAACGUCAUCUGCUCUGAUAAGACUGGGACGCUGACAGCCAACGAGAUGACCGUAACUCAGCUCGUAACCUCAGAUGGAUUCAAGGCAGAGGUGAGUGGGGUCGGAUACAAUGGAGAGGGAAACGUAUAUCUUUUACCAUCCAGAGAAGUCCUCAAAGAAUUUUCAAACAUUUCUGUGGGGAAACUGGUGGAGGCCGGCUGUGUUGCCAACAAUGCUAUUAUCAGAAAGAUGACCGUGAUGGGACAACCAACGGAAGGUGCCCUCAUUGCCCUGGCGAUGAAGAUGGAACUGAGUGAUAUAAAAGAUAUUUAUGUCCGAAAGAAAGAGAUUCCGUUCAGCUCGGAGCAGAAGUGGAUGGCAGUCAGGUGUGCUCUGAAGAACCAGGGUCAAGAGGACAUUUACUUCAUGAAGGGGGCCUUUCAAGAAGUGCUGCAGCAUUGCACCGUGUUUAACAGUGCCGGCAUCUCCCUCCCGCUGACGCCACAACAGAAGGCCGUCUACACUCAAGAGGAGAAGCAGAUGGGGUCUCUCGGCCUGCGGGUGCUUGCACUGGCUUCUGGCCCAGAACUCGGCAGAAUGACAUUUUUAGGUCUCAUUGGAAUCAUCGAUCCCCCAAGACACGGAGUAAAAGAAGCCAUCCAAGUCCUCACAGAAUCUGGUGUAUCUGUGAAAAUGAUCACUGGAGAUGCCUUAGACACAGCCUUGGCCAUUGGGAAGAGUAUUGGCCUCUGCAAUGGGAGGAUGAAAGCCAUGUCUGGGGAGGAACUGGAGAACAUCACAGAGACAGCACUCUCCUCGGCAGUCAAAAAUGUUUCCAUCUUCUUCCGAACCAGUCCAAAACACAAACUUAAAAUCAUCAAGGCUUUACAACAGGCCGGAGCCAUAGUAGGCAUGACAGGGGAUGGGGUGAAUGACGCCGUCGCUCUGAAAUCAGCGGAUAUCGGAGUUGCAAUGGGAAAAGCAGGCACGGAUGUCAGCAAGGAGGCUGCCAACAUGAUCCUAGUGGAUGACGACUUCUCAACCAUCAUGAAUGCAAUUGAGGAAGGAAAAGGCAUCUUUUACAACAUUAAAAACUUUGUUCGAUUUCAGCUCAGCACGAGCAUCGCAGCUCUGAGUUUAAUUACUCUGUCAACAGUAUUCAACCUGCCAAAUCCUCUCAAUGCAAUGCAGAUCUUAUGGAUCAACAUUAUAAUGGACGGACCCCCAGCUCAAAGUUUGGGUGUUGAACCCGUGGACAAGGACGCCAUCAAGCAACCUCCAAGGAACAUUUUGGAUACAAUCCUCAACAGGUCCCUGAUUCUGAAAAUCCUCCUGUCGGCCAGUAUUAUAAUCAGCGGCACCAUCUUUGUCUUUUGGAAAGAGAUGCCGGUGGGUGGCACCUCGCCACGAACUACAACAAUGACUUUCACCUGCUUUGUGUUUUUUGACCUCUUCAAUGCUCUGACGUGUCGCUCGCAGACAAAACUGAUCAUGGAAAUAGGCUUUUUCCGAAAUCGCAUGUUCUUAUAUUCUGUGCUGGGAUCUAUUUUGGGUCAGAUGGCUGUUGUAUACAUUCCUCCGUUACAGAAGAUCUUCCAAACAGAGCAACUAGGAGCGUUAGAUCUGCUGUUUCUCACCGGGUUGGCUUCUUCUGUUUUUAUCCUGUCGGAACUUGCCAAAAUGUGUGAAAGAUGCUGCUGCAGAACAAAGACAGACAACAUCCAGCAGGAAGACGUGUGACUCAAAAAGCCGGGCUUUCCCUUCUACGUGGAAUGCUAUUUGGAUGAAACUGUGAGAUUCUGGGAUUCAUGCGGGACUAACGGAGCCUCUUUUUAUACUUCUUUGCACUUUUUUCGAGUGACUCUACAUCAACAGCAGUAUCAUUGCCCAGUCAGAUUUCUUCCACAGCCCUACUCAGAUUACGGUGCAUGUGCAUACAAGUGUAUACACAAAGCAUGUCUCGCCUGUACAUGCAUUCGUUUUAAUGGCAUGUAACGAUUGUACUUGGAUUCAUCUUAAAAGUGAAUCUGGCUACAGGUGCCCUCAAACGCAGAGUACAGGGAGGACGUGUACUAGGGUUCUGCGUUGAACAUAAUGUGUGGAUAACUGUAUUGUGUGUGCUGCACAAACUGUAUGUGUAUGGAACAUAACACAAGAAUAGGGCCAUGUGUGUCCAUCCAGCCCGAGAACUUGCCACAAGGGCUACGAGGCUCCUAAUUGCCAUAUGGUACUGCCUCCUAUAGGGCAGGAGAAGGGUGUAUAGAUGGACAGGAAACCACGGCACUAGCUACAGCUGCAUAUUUAUUUAAGUUGAAAUAAACCUUUUGCUAAUAAAAA